AAGAAACAAACAUAAAGCAAAUCCAACACCUUGUGUUCGGAGAAGGAUCUAGACGCUAGUCCAGAGAGCGGAGCAAUGGCAGCGCUUGCAACAAGGAGAAGACGGCCGUUGGAAGCCGAUCGUUUGUUGCCGUCGACCUCGGCCGAUGGUUAUACGAAGGUAGAUAAGCCGCCGGCGAGUUUAGGAGCUGAGGUAGAGAAAGGCUUGUCAUGGACAUUUCCUAUAUUUGCUCUAGGGUUAUUGAGGUAUUUGAGUGCAACUACCAAUAUCAUUCAUGACUGUGAUGAAGUAUUCAAUUAUUGGGAGCCUCUUCACUUCCUUCUUUACAAAUCAGGUUUUCAAACUUGGGAGUACAGUUCUCAGUUUGCAUUGCGUUCCUACCUGUACAUUCUUUUUCAUUAUUUGGUGGGCUGGCCAGCUUCAUGGUGCUAUAAUUGGCUCGAGGAGGAAAAAGUAAGAGUAUUUUAUGCUGUGAGGAUAUUCCUUGGCCUUCUUUCUGUCGUGACUGAAGCUGCUUUGGUAGUAGCGCUUUCCAGGAAGUUUGGAAAACGCCUUGCUCUUUAUACACUAGCCAUGUUAUGCUUAACAAGUGGUUGCUUUUUCGCUAGCACAAGUCUUUUGCCAAGCUCUUUUUCAAUGUAUGCUAUCUCUCUCUCCUCAGCGAUGUUCCUUUUUGGUAUGCAUGCCAUGGCUGUUGCUGUUGCAGCAACUGGCGUUAUUCUUGGUUGGCCAUUCUCAAUCCUUGCUUUUCUUCCGGUAACAGUGUACUCUCUACAUAGACGAUUCAAACAAGCAUUUCUCUCAGGGGUUCUAAUUUCUCUUACACUUUUGGCACUCUCAGUGGUAGUGGACUACCAUUACUAUGGAAAAUGGACGUCGUCUGUUAUGAAUCUGUUGGUGUAUAAUGUCUUGGGAGGUGGUGAGAGUCAUUUGUAUGGAACAGAAGGACCAUUAUACUACUUGAAGAAUGGAUUUAAUAACUUCAAUUUUGCUCUCAUUUUUGCACUGUUCUUCGUGGCUACUCUGCCAGUAACAAAGAAGAAGUAUGCUCCUGAUUUGUUAAUUGUGGUGUCUCCUGUGUACAUCUGGUUGGCAUUCAUGUCUUUGCAGCCACACAAAGAAGAAAGGUUCCUUUAUCCUAUAUACCCUCUUAUAUGUGUUGCUGCUGCAGCUGUCAUCGAUAGCCUUCCUGACUUUUUUUAUGAGCGGUAUAGAACCGAACAAUCUCUGCUCUACAAAAUGGCUAAAUACGUGAGACCGUUGCUUAUUGGCCUCAUUCUAUGCGUUUCUCACUCUAGGACGUUCUCUAUCAUAAAUGGUUAUGCUGCUCCUUUAGAGAUUUACAAGCACUUUGAACAUCAUUAUGAUGCAGGAUCAGGUGCAGUGGUGUGUGUGGGAAGUGAGUGGCACCGGUUCCCAUCAUCGUUCUUUAUUCCAGACUAUGUAAGUGAAGUCAGGUGGAUUGACGACGGUUUCAGGGGCUUACUUCCUUUCCCAUUCAAUUCAACCUUGGGUGGAACAUCUGCAGCACCACCAUAUUUUAACAAUAAGAACAAGGCAUCACCUGACCAAUUUCUCCAAGAUGUCGAAAGCUGCGAUUUUCUCGUGGAGCUGCAGCUUCAAAGACCUUUUCUUUCUCGAGGAAGCGACUUGUUAAAAUGGGAGGUGGUUGCAGCAUUGCCAUAUCUAGAUAGGGAGCUUUCGCCCCCUUUACACCGAUCGUUCUUCAUACCAUAUGUUUGGGAGGAGAAAAACAUAUUUGGGAUCUACAAGUUAUUGAAGAGACACAAAGGGCAACAAUAGGUUUUGCAAGCAGAUAACCACAAGCAAGUGAUCUUUGGGACUUGUUAGAUUACUAAUUUUAGGGCUCAUUCUUGAGUUUCUUCUACAAUAUGUUGUCUUUCUUUUGGUUUUUUUUUGUUGGGUUAUGUUCCUCUUUUUUCCUCCGUCUUUCUAUCCCCUAGACUAGACCCUAUUUUGCAUGAAAUUUACUGGUUUCGUUUGUUUUUUUCCUAUUAAUUCAUGCAUGCAUGCAUGCUUGCCCAUCCCUAUUUCAUAUUUUAA